AUGGCGAGGGCAGCAACGAUGUCCCUACCUAUGUCUCUCAUCCUACUCGCCGCGAUGUUCUCCACCCUUCCCGCCGCCCACGCCGACGCUGGCUUCAUCUCCUACAUAUGCAACAAGACCAAAAACGCCACCAUGUGUGUGGCCGUGCUGCGCGACGACCCGGAGAGCGCCAAGGCCUCCACCGUGCGCGACCUCGCCAACAUCGCGCUGCAGAUCACCAUCAACACCACCGACCACAACGCCGAUGUCAUCGACGACCUGGCCAAGAAGAGCCAGGGUACGUCCCAGGGACACGCGCUGACCGUCUGCCACAAGGCCUAUUUCGGUGCCUCCAUAGACCUCAACAUCUUCGGUCGCUACUGCUUCGACGGCGGGGACUACGCUGAAACGUCCAAGAUCUUGUCGAGCGCAAAGGGCGCCAGCGAUAAGUGUGAGAACGCGUUCAAGGGAAUCGGCAAAAUGCCCCCCGUUACCGCCAUGGAUAUCAUGAUGACCGAGCGCUGCAGUGUUGCCGCUGACCUCGUUGACUUGCUUGUCGACAAGUGA